CCUCCUCGCCAUUGUCGUCAAUCGUCAUUUUAUAGAGCAACACAACUGCGAGGCAGAGCAAAGCAAAGCAAAGCAAAGGCACUACAGGAGUCAGGAGACAGGAGGUAGAGGACUCCUCCCCUCACCUCUCUCUCUCUCUCUCUUUCUCUCUCUAUCGUCAUAAUUUGUGCCCCUCCCUCUUUUUCCUCCUCAAAUGGACGUCCGCCGGAGACCCACCAAACCUCCACGUCCGGCCAUGGCUGCACCCGGCGGACCUCAUCAACAGCAUCAGCUUCACAAAUCAUCCAAGGUUGUUGAUCAUACCGGUCCCCCGACUCCACAAGCCUCUGAUGCCCUCCCUCUCCCUCUCUACCUCACCAACGGCAUCUUCUUCACCCUCUUCUUCUCCGUCGCCUACUACCUUCUCCACCGCUGGCGUGACAAGAUCCGUACAUCUACCCCUCUCCACGUCGUAACCCUCUCCGAGAUCGCCGCCAUCGUUUCUCUUAUCGCCUCCUUCAUUUACCUCCUCGGCUUCUUUGGCAUCGAUUUUGUGCAGUCCUUCAUUACCCGUGCCUCCCACGAUGCCUGGGACGUCGACGACGAGAACGAACACGAACAGUUCCUCCUCGAGGAGGACCGUCGACGCGGUCCAUGCGCCGCCGCGGUUGAGUGCCCCCCCAUCCCUCCUCACAAGGCAUCCCUCCCUCCUCUUCCGCCUGCUGCUGUUCUUCCUCCCAAGAUUGUGGACCCUGCCCCCCUCAUCACCCCUUCAUCAGAGGAAGAUGAGGAAAUCAUCAAAUCGGUUGUCGCCGGUACCAUUCCCUCUUACUCGCUCGAAUCCAAGCUUGGAGAUUGCAAGCGUGCCGCGGCAAUCCGCCGUGAAUCCCUGCAGAGAAUGACGGGAAGGUCCCUUGCGGGGUUGCCAUUGGAGGGUUUCGACUACGAGUCCAUUUUGGGGCAAUGCUGCGAGAUGCCAGUCGGGUAUGUCCAGAUUCCGGUGGGAAUCGCUGGUCCAUUGUUGCUUGACGGAAGGGAGUUCACAGUGCCAAUGGCCACCACGGAGGGAUGCUUGGUGGCGAGCACCAACAGGGGUUGUAAGGCAAUUUAUGCCUCCGGCGGGGCCACUAGUGUGUUGAUGAGAGACGGGAUGACUAGGGCGCCUGUCGUGAGGUUUUCCACUGCCAAGAGAGCUGCGGAAUUGAAGUUUUUCAUGGAGGAUCCAUCCAAUUUCGAGACAUUGACAGUUGUCUUCAACAAAUCUAGCCGAUUUGCCAGGCUACAAAGCAUCCAAUGCGCAAUUGCGGGAAAGAAUCUCUACGUGAGAUUUAGCUGCAGCACUGGCGAUGCAAUGGGGAUGAACAUGGUAUCCAAAGGCGUACAGAACGUCUUGGAUUUCCUUCAGAACGAUUUCCCCGAUAUGGACAUUAUUGGCAUCUCUGGUAAUUUCUGUUCAGACAAGAAGCCAGCUGCUGUAAAUUGGAUUGAAGGGCGUGGGAAGUCUGUUGUAUGUGAGGCCAUCAUUAAAGAAGAGGUGGUUAGGAAGGUUCUGAAGACCAGCGUUUCCGCCCUGGUGGAGCUCAACAUGCUCAAGAACCUUGUUGGGUCGGCAAUGGCCGGGGCACUCGGCGGUUUUAAUGCUCAUGCAAGCAACAUCGUGUCUGCAAUUUUCAUAGCGACUGGCCAAGAUCCCGCACAGAAUGUGGAGAGCUCUCACUGCAUCACCAUGAUGGAAGCUGUUAAUGAUGGAAAGGACCUGCACAUCUCUGUGACCAUGCCCUCCAUCGAGGUGGGCACAGUUGGUGGGGGAACCCAACUCGCAUCUCAGUCAGCUUGUCUGAAUCUGCUUGGCGUGAAGGGUGCUAGCAAAGAAUCUCCAGGAGCAAAUUCAAGGCUGUUGGCCACCAUCGUAGCUGGCUCUGUAUUGGCAGGGGAGCUUUCUCUCAUGUCCGCGCUUGCAGCCGGGCAGCUUGUGAAGAGUCACAUGAAAUACAAUAGAUCAAGCAAGGAUGUCUCUAAAGCUGCCUCUUAAGCCGGGCAAAAAGAUAGGGACCUACCAUGAAAGAACAGAAGCACAAAGCAACAAACUUCUCAAAAAAAAAAAAAAAAAAGUUCAAUAAUAAAAUUUUAGUGAGGUGGGGAGAGAGAGAAAAGAACGACAGGUUGUUUGGGGGAAGGUGGGGAGGGAGAAAAAGGAAGCUUGAGAAAGAAAAUCCAGUAGAUGAGACAGCAAGCCUGGUUGUAUUCAGUAUACAUAUUAAUUUUCUUCUUUAAAAAAUUCAAGCCUUGUGAAAUUGCAGAGUUUCAUAGCUGGAUGGACUGCAAUUAUGUAAAAAAGGGUUGUUUGAAGGGGGGUGGGGCCUAACAUACAUAUUUGGUUUGGUUUUUCUCAGACUCCGCCAUUUGUCGGUAUUAAAGAGCCUGCAAAGGUUUGGUUUGGCUUAGUUUGAUAUGGUUAUAUUUUUCUCGCGGUUGUGGGCCUUUUCCCCCAUCUCUGUUCUUUCUGUGUUGUUACUGCAAUUUAGUUUUUACCCCCUGUUUUUUUAUGUAGUGUAGGAGAAGGAGAUCAACAUCUCAAAUUUGAUUUAUAAUUGUUUGGUGAAGUCAUAGUCAUAGUACCUGUUAUUUUGUAUUAUUUUCGUUUAUCUAUAGCACCUUUUCAUCAGA